AUGUCUACCUUCUUUGAUGAGAUGAAGCGUUCCUUUGCUGACGUGCCAGUCACUGACAACAAAGUGGACACCGCUGCUUUCUUGGAGGCUGCCGAAUCCUUGGUCAAGCUCUUCGACUUGUUGGGAUCCUCCGCGUUCACAGUUGUCAAGAAUGACAUGAACGGUAACAUUGAAAAGAUCAAGGCCAAGCUUUUGCUGGAUCCAGCAGGAGCUUCCACUUUGCAAGACUUGGUCUUGUCCGAGGCCCCAACCAAGAGCAAGAAGGCCACACAGGGUCUCUUGUGGUUGUCCAGAGGAUUGCAAUUUACUGCUCAGGCAAUGAGAGAAACCGUUGACAACCCUAGCAAAGAGUUGACUGUUACUUUCACCGAUGCUUACACCAAGACGUUAUCCCAGUACCACGGUAUGUUGGUCAAGCCAGUGUUCAAGUUGGCUAUGAAAGCUUGUCCUUACAGAAAGGACUUCUUUGAAAAGUUGGGCGCCAACCAAGAGAAGGUCAACGAGCAGUUGGCUGAGUGGUUGAACGCCUUGGAGAACAUUGUGAAGAUCAUCAUGGACUUCUUUGCUUCUGGCAACUACGGCAAGGGCUUAUAA